UGCUCAUCCCAAGAGAAGCUACACCAGUUACCAUAUCAACCGACACCUGAUGAGCUACAUUUUUUGUCUAAACAUUUCUGUACCACUGAGAGCAUUGCCAGUGAUAGCAGAUGCAGGACCACUGCAAUGCGCCCUCGGUCCCGAAGUCUCAGCCCUGGACGUUCUCCUGCCUGCUGUGACAAUGAAAUAAUUAUGAUGAACCAUGUCUACAAAGAAAGGUUCCCAAAGGCCACAGCUCAGAUGGAAGAGAGGCUUCAGGACAUCAUAACAAAUUACUCCCCAGAUAAUGUCCUUCCCCUGGCAGAUGGAGUGCUCAGUUUUACCCAUCAUCAGAUCACAGAACUGGCUCGAGAUUGUUUGGAUAAAUCCCACCAAGGCCUCAUAACAUCACGAUACUUCCUUGAAUUACAGCAGAAAUUAGACAAAUUGCUACAGGAGGCUCAAGAGCGAUCAGAGAGUGGAGAACUGGCAUUUAUUAAACAACUUGUCCGAAAAAUUCUGAUAGUUAUUGCUCGACCCGCUCGCUUACUGGAAUGCCUGGAAUUUGAUCCUGAAGAGUUUUACUAUCUUUUGGAAGCAGCUGAAGGGCAUGCUAAAGAGGGGCAAGGCAUUAAAACAGACAUCCCUCGAUACAUUAUUAGCCAGCUGGGCUUAAAUAAAGAUCCUCUGGAAGAAAUAGCACAGCUAGCUAAUUGUGACAGUGGGACAGCAGAAACUCUGGAAAUGGAUGAAUCAAUAAAUAGCUCUAAUACCUCACUGAAGCUGCGGAGGAAACCUCAGGAAAGUGAUUUUGAAACAAUUAAACUGAUUAGUAAUGGAGCUUAUGGUGCGGUUUAUUUUGUGAGACACAAAGAAACCAGACAAAGAUUUGCCAUGAAGAAAAUUAAUAAGCAGAAUCUCAUCCUCCGAAACCAGAUCCAGCAGGCCUUCGUCGAGCGUGAUAUCCUGACAUUUGCAGAAAAUCCAUUUGUUGUUAGCAUGUACUGCUCCUUUGAAACAAGACGUCAUUUAUGCAUGGUCAUGGAAUAUGUAGAAGGUGGAGACUGUGCUACUUUGAUGAAGAACAUGGGUCCCUUACCUGUAGACAUGGCAAGAAUGUACUUUGCAGAGACUGUUCUGGCCUUGGAAUACCUUCAUAAUUAUGGAAUUGUACACAGGGAUUUAAAACCAGACAAUUUAUUGGUAACGUCCAUGGGCCAUAUAAAGCUUACAGACUUUGGUCUGUCAAAGGUCGGGCUAAUGAGUUUGACUACUAAUCUCUAUGAGGGUCACAUUGAGAAGGAUGCCAGAGAAUUCCUUGACAAACAAGUCUGUGGUACACCUGAAUACAUAGCUCCUGAAGUGAUUCUGAGACAGGGUUAUGGAAAACCAGUGGACUGGUGGGCUAUGGGAAUUAUCCUGUAUGAAUUUCUUGUUGGGUGUGUGCCAUUCUUUGGAGAUACUCCAGAAGAGCUGUUUGGACAAGUAAUCAGUGAUGAAAUCAACUGGCCUGAAAAGGACGAAGCACCACCUCCAGAUGCCCAGGAUCUGAUUACCCUGCUGCUCAGACAGAAUCCUUUAGAGAGACUGGGAACAGGUUAG